UGUGGCUGCAAUGGAGAAGCAGUCUCUAGGGUCAGAGAAAGUGUGUUAAUCUACUUUAUCUGCUAGCUUACAGAAAAUUGCAUAUUUAAGCCUCUUGUUAUGAAACAGCUACAUCAGACUCUAAUUAAUGUGUCCUACAGGCUGUCUCAGGCUGUAGUACCUUCAGAAACACAGUGAAUUGCUACUGUAUUCCUCCCAGCAUCAGCAGCAGCAGCAGCUCCAUCAGCAGCACACGGAGGCAGUAGCACAUUGGUUAACACUGUACAUAACCUCCUCGCAAAUUGCACAGCUUCAGCAGCAACACAUCCAUUAGUCUGGAAAAGACAGCGUUCCCCAGUGGCUCCAGUGCAUUUCCCCCCAAUUCUUCUGUCACUAACCAAUCCUCUCUACGCUUUCACUGCAUGUAGGGAGCGUUCAGCACUAAUCAGGUCAAUGAUCAUCCCAAGUCUCUGGGGACCUGACAGGAGCCUAUCGCCCUAGUUAGAAGAUUGCCCUGUCCAGGGCACAGAGGCUGGAGAUAUUAUUAUACAGAGAUCAGUGGCACAAUACUACUCACUACAAGAGAAGCUCUUAGGAUUUCAGCGUGACUAUAGUCUGAGACAGAAGAGGAAAACCAGGACCACGAACAGUUCCUGUACCUGCUGGGUGCUGCUUUGGCUGCUGAUCUGAACUGUAGGACAGUAAGCAUCUCAAUUAAGGCCUCCCAAGUUUUUUCUUCAUAUGUUUACAUGUAGCGAUAUUAGGUUAUAUAUGCUGUAUUUCAUUCCAUUUUCAUAUUGGCGAGAAAAAGUGAUGCUUCAAAAUGAUGCCUUUCUUCUUGAAAUCUGUGUGUCAGAUAAAUAAAGAGCUGUGAAAUGCAGUAUCUGAUGAGGAAUAUAUGAAACUAUAAACAUUUCCAGGGACGGACUUUGGUCUCAUUGGAGAUGUCAACUAUGAUGGGUCUCUCAGAAUCUUUGAGCUAGUAUAUAGAUCCAUUUUCUAUUUGAGAAGGAACUCUCUAUACAGAUCAGGAAUUCAUUGGGUAACAUCAGUGUGAUAACAAUCAUAUCAGCGGAAACAAUACUUUGUACCAUCAAGUUUGCAACAGUACUAGUUGUAUGGUGGGGAGAAAAUACAUUUCAAACUGGAUUCUACAGCAUCGCAACAAGUGCUGGUGUUUUAGCUACCAGGCUGAAGGGACGUCUUUUCCAAUGCUUACAAGGAACUGCUUAUCGUUGCUUCUUUGGUUCCUUUUUGAUGGAGGUCUGUUAACACCACUGCAUUCACAGCAGCCACCACAAACUUCAGCUUUCAAGCAAAAAGAAAAUGUUAUCAUCACAAUGCUGGGAAGGAGAUCAGCAGCACAGAGAGUUAAACGUGGUUGGGUAUGGAAUCAGUUCUUUGUGCUUGAAGAAUACAUGGGAUCUGAACCACAAUAUAUUGGAAAGCUUCACUCUGACGUGGACAAGGGAAUUGGAUCUGUGAAAUAUACACUCUUGGGUGAUGGUGCUGGUACAAUUUUUACAAUUGAUGACACUACAGGUGACAUCCAUGCUAUUAAAAGUCUGGAUAGAGAAGAAAAACCAUUCUAUACAUUACGUGCUCAAGCUGUGGAUAUUGUUACGGGAAAGCCAGUGGAGCCAGAAUCUGAAUUCAUUAUCAAAGUUCAGGACAUUAAUGAUAAUGAGCCAAAGUUUUUGGAUGGCCCUUAUGUUGCUAGUGUUCCUGAAAUGUCUCCAGUUGGUGCCUAUGUGCUUCAGGUCAAAGCAACUGAUGCGGAUGAUCCUACAUAUGGAAACAGUGCAAGAGUGGUAUAUAGCAUUCUUCAGGGACAACCUUAUUUUUCUAUUGAUCCUAAAACAGGUGUCAUCAGAACAGCAUUACCAAACAUGGACAGAGAAGUCAAAGAACAAUACCAAGUACUUAUCCAAGCGAAGGAUAUGGGAGGGCAACUGGGAGGUUUAGCAGGAACUACCACUGUCAAUAUUACACUUACUGAUGUCAAUGACAAUCCUCCCCGUUUUCCCAAAAGUAUUUUUCAUUUAAAAGUACCAGAGAGUUCUCCAGUUGGAUCACCAAUUGGUAGGAUCCGGGCUGUAGACCCUGACUUUGGAAGAAAUGCAGAAAUUGAGUAUAAUAUUGUUCCAGGAGAUGGUGGAAAUCUUUUUGACAUCAGAACAGACAAUGAUACACAGGAAGGAAUACUGAUCCUUAAAAAGCCACUAGAUUUUGAAACAAAAAAAGCCUACACAUUUAAAGUAGAAGCCUCCAAUGUUUACCUGGAUCAUCAUUUCAACUCAGUGGGACCAUUUAAAGACACUGCUACUGUAAAAAUAAAUGUUUUAGAUGUUGAUGAGCCUCCUGUCUUCAGCAAGCCUUUCUACACAAUGGAAGUAUAUGAGGACACACCUGUUGGCACGAUCAUAGGAGCUGUCACAGCACAAGAUUUAGACAUAGGAUCCAGUCCUGUUAGGUACUCUAUUGAUGCAAGAAGUGAUAUGGACAACAAUUUUUCUGUUGAUGCUAUCGAGGGAACUAUUGCAACAAAUGAGCUGCUGGAUCGAGAGAGCAAUGCACAAUUUAAUAUUUCAAUAAUUGCAAGUAAAAUCAGUAAUCCACAAUUGAAAAGCUUAGUCAAAAUCAUCAUAAAUGUUCUGGACGUCAAUGAAUUUCCACCUGAAGUGACGGUACCAUAUGAAACUUCAGUAUGUGAAAAUGCCAAACCAGGACAGAUCAUCCAGAUUAUUGGUGCUGCUGACAGAGAUAUGUCACCUGCAGGGCAGAGAUUUUCCUUCAGAUUGCCACCUGAUGGUUCUACAAAUUCCAAUUUUACCAUUCAUGACUAUAAAAACAACUCAGCUGGCAUAGAAGCACAGAGACAAGGAUACAGUCGCAAACAAAAAGAAUUCUAUCUCCUCCCAGUGGUGGUGGAGGAUAGUAGUUAUCCUAUCCAAAGCAGUACAAGCACACUGACCAUUAGAGUAUGCAGAUGUGAUUCAAGAGGAGUUAUCCUCUCCUGCAAUGUGGAAGCAAUUUUUUUACCUGUUGGCUUAAGCACAGGUGCUUUGAUAGCCAUUUUGCUGUGCAUUAUUAUACUUUUAGUAAUAGUGGUACUCUAUGUAGCAUUAAGGAGACAGAAGAAGAAAGAUGCCCUGAUGACAUCAAAAGAAGAUAUAAGAGACAAUGUAAUUCAUUAUGACGAUGAAGGAGGUGGGGAAGAGGACACUCAGGCAUUUGACAUUGGUGCCCUAAGAAAUCCAAAGGUAAUUGAAGACAAUAAAGGCCGCAGAGACAUAAAGCCUGAACUUUUGUGUUUGCCUCGUCAGAAACCACCAGCAGAAUAUAAUAGCGACAUCAGAGAUUUCAUCAGUGAAAGGCUUCAAGAACAUGAUAUGGAUCCAAAUGCACCACCUUAUGACUCACUAGCAACUUAUGCCUAUGAAGGCUCUGGAUCUGUAGCUGAAUCCCUGAGCUCAAUAGAGUCACUCAGUAUGGAGGCAGAUCAUGAUUAUGAUUUUUUAAGUGACUUUGGACCCCGUUUUAAAAGCUUGGCAGAGUUGUUUGGAGAGGAACAUGACAACACAGACAAAAUCACUUAAUUUACAGACAAAUGGUGAACAAUCAAAAAGCUUUAUUCAGACUGUGUACAAAAAAAAAUCAAAUUUUAUAUUAAAAUGCUAUAAUAUUUAUCAUACUGUCAGUUUUUGUUUGUUU